AUGGUCGUGGCACAAGAACUGUGUGUCAAUGUACCAAAAGUGGAACCUCCAGACACCAAGCCUUGUUACAUGAAAGCAUGUCCUCCUCGUUUAUGUUCCUCUCACUAUUUUUCUCUGUCUAUUUAUAUCUAUCUAUCUAUCUAUCUAUCUAUCUAUCUAUCUAUUUCGGUCUCUGUGCAGAACCCAAAAAAGAUGUCUUUCGUAGCAUCUAUCACAAUUCAGCUAACAAAUUUUUUCGUUCUUACGCUAUGUCGUUCAUUUCAACCUAAUCUGUGUUUUUCUUCUUGCUCUACGUUCGUUCUUUUCUGCCCCUUCUCUUUCUUUUUCUUCUUACUCUACUUCCUUUCUUCUUCUUCUUCUUCUUCUUCUUCUUCUUCUUCCACUACGUCGUUCUUUUCAUCCUUUUCUUUCUUCCUUCCUUUAUUUUUUCCUUUUCUUUCUUUCUUUCUUUCUUUAAAACAUUUUUUUCAUUUUCCUCCGUAUUUGUUUCCACCUUUCUUUCUUCCUUCAAACUUUUUUUCCCUAUUUGACUCUCAUAGUCUUCCUUCCUUCCUUAUUUCUUUCUUUCUUUCUUUCUUUCUUUCUUUGCGAUGGGAAGCUAAAGAAUGGCAGCCAUGUACUCGGACAUGCGGAGGCGGUGCUUCUUUGCGCGAGGUGCGAUGCAUGGAGUACGGAUCGAUGGGGCAAGCUCGUUGGGUGAACGAUCGAUACUGUAAACAGUACAAACCGUCUGAAUACAAGUCGUGUAAUACGGAGAUCUGUCCGCGAUGGUACGCUGGAGAGUGGUCACCGUGCAGCGUUACCUGUGGAUUUGGAGUACAGCAAAGAGUGGUCAUUUGUCGUAAUAGUGGCGACAAACCUUGCGAUGACAAAGUCAGACCCGCACUCAGUCAGACCUGUACGACGAAUUUGCCAUGUUUUCAAAAGAUCGGGAAGUCCAGUCCCCCUAAAUAUGGUCUACCGCCGAAUAUAUCAAAAGACGACCUCUCAACUCCAAGAUUCAUUUCCUACGAUUGGUCCCCGUGCAGCGCCACCUAUGGAACAGGAGUGAAAACACGGCGGGUCACGUGCAAUGUCUUGCUUCAGUUUGUCAAUGAAGUCACUGAGGUUCCCGAGAGGGAAUGCAUCGGUUUGUAUAAUAUCUUUGUAACCGUUCUCUCAUGA